AUGCUAAAGGAAACUAAAAAGUUUAUUGGUAAAUCCCUUCAGCCAGCACGACCUGUGCCUCAUCUGUCUUCUAAACAAGAAUCAGACAUUGCAUUAAACUUUCAGACUGAAUUACCUGGCAACACUGAAGUAUGUUUGCAGAGUAAGGUUGACUGGUUAUCUGAAAUGCCUGAAGUGAAGAUUUUAACUCAAACUAUGAUGCCCUGUCAACCAAACCAGCAUGAAUCAGAAGCAAAAAAAGGAAGGAUCAAAUACAGCAGGGAUUUCCUUCUGAAACUUUCAAGCGUUUCUCUCUCUCAGAAGAAGCCUGAGUUUCUUCCUGAUCAUCCAAUUGUACUUGAAAAGCCAGAAAAGAGCAGGCCUUUUAUUGACAUGUGCAAGAAAUGA